AUGCCCUACGAAACAAUCCCCACUCGACUCACCAGGUCCAAGACCAAACUUGGCUUUGUCCUUGGAUCGUACCCUAAGCAGACCCAACUCUCCAACCCCCAACCACCUGCACCUCUGUUCCCUUCUGCCUCUUCUCCACCUGCUCCUUCCGACCUCUUCAACAAUCAACAACAACCACUACAACUACAACAACUACAACAACUACGGCAACAGAAGCAACAGACACAACAAAAGCAACCAAAACAGCAAACAAGGGACAAGAGAGCGGACCACCAACGUCUGCCCGUCCCCCUCCCCUCACCCGAACCCACCAUCAAAAUCACCAGCCCUUCUUUGUCGUCUGCCGUCAACCCUGACCCUGCCAGCGACGACACAGCCGACACAGCCAACAACAACAUCAUCAACAAUAACAUAGCCCCUAAUACUAGCUCAGAGAAGCCGCCCUCUCGUCCUUUGAGCCAGGAGCGAACACGAGGAGGAGUCUCAGGCACGUUAGAGGUCGACACCCAUUCCCGACACUACUCUCCCUCGCCCUACCGUACGCCCACCUGGAGCCCAGAGUCGACUGCGUCCGCCCAGCAGGCUGGCGCUGCUUUCGCGGAAGAGCUACUUGCACCCAAAGUGGAUGAGAACAGCGUCGAUCAUAUUACUUCUACUGCCGAUGCUGCUGCUGAUGAAGAUACUGAGGAUCCUUUGUUGUCGCCUUUGAGCCUGCUGUCGGCCGUUGCCUCUGUUGUGGGGAACCGUAUCGGCAGUCCUGGCUUGAGUAACCUUGACGAUCUGGUUACAUGCGAAUCGUUACGUACUUUGUCAUCAACGACUCCGGUGCUCAAAACACUUUUGAGCACCUCAACAUCAAUAUCGCAGGACUCAGCCCUGCCAUAUGUUUCGCUUGAGCAAGGACAUUCAUCAUCUCAACAGCCACUUUUGCUUCGGGACUCACUGUCGCAGCCUUCCUCGUCGUCGACCGUGGGCAUAUCCUCUGCCAGUUCAAUGACAGCAGGAUUGGCAAAACCUAUAGUUUCUCCAGGAGUCGUCCCUCGCAGGCGUGGACGUCCACCAAAGUUGAACAACGCCAUCUCACCAAAACUAUCACAGGAAGUUGGAGCUUACAAGUCACCUCGACAGAGAUCUGAUACCCCUUGUUCAACUUCGUCAUCAUCGUCCCUUCGCCACACACCAUCCGAGAUUCGACCUAUCCUGCAAAUUGGCGAUCCUCAGAUCAGGAGCAAUCAAGGACGAACAGGAGUGCCUAACAAAGCCAAGCCUACUUCGGUCCCUCGCCUGAAGCACAACAGGAAACCCAACCCAGAUGGAGCCAUCUGGUCUGUAGCGGAAUUGGCAGCAGAGACGUCUGCGGAACGGAGACCCGCCAGAGCGAUCAUCUAUGCGGAUGAGCACCUCAAGAAGAUAGUCGAGGAAAACAAGAUUUGUAUUAUGGAACCUUGCUUCAGGAACCCUGUCAGAGGUGAUCUUUAUUGUGUCGGACGACUUGAUGGAACUGGAGGUUGGCACGAGCAUGGGGAUAUCUGCAUCCAUGAGAAGCGAGGUUGUCGUAUUGCUCUGGCUUUCCGAUACCGGUAUCAAUUGAGGCUGGAUGUGACGUAUCUUGCAUGGGUCUCAUCGAUUGACAUGGCGACCAUCCCUGUGUCAGUUCUCAGGGACUUUUCUACCAACAGGGAGGUUAUGCGGCAAGCUCUUGAGGGAGAAUGGCGCAUGUCAGAGCAAUACCGAUUACUUUCGGAAGCUGGAUACUUUGCCCCACGCAAGGAAGCUAAACGCGGACAACAGGACAAUAACCCAAGCGUCACUCUGGAUGGCUGGUCUAUUGCUCACCAAAACGAGGUCUUGAUGGCUUCCAAAUCGAACAGGCUGGGUUUCUUGCAGUGGGUCGCGCAGGCUUACCAGAUGGCCAAGGGGGAACCAUACGGCCAUGUUGUCACCAAGAGGGAGCCCAAUGAUGUCGUUACAAAUGAAGAGUCUGGACAAGCCGACAACAAAAGAAUGAAGCGCAGCUCUUGA